AUGGCUGCCAAGAGACUGAAGAACACCGAGAAGAAGCUACAGCGGGAUCCAGAUUUAGAGAAAGCAUACUCGAAAGUCUUGGCAGAUUACCAGCUAAAGGGUUACAUCAAGAAGGUUGCACCAGCAGACAAGGAGACACCAGGAUGGUACUUGCCUCAUUUUCCAGUAUUGAGGCCGGACAAGGCAACAACAAAGACAAGAAUAGUAUUCGAUGCUUCUGCCAAGGUGGAGGGAGUCUCGUUGAAUGAUCUACUACACCAGGGGCCAAAGCUGCAAAAUAGUCUCUACUCCGUGUUGUUAAGGUUUCGCCAUCACCCUGUAGCCUUAAUGAGUGAUAUAGCUGAAAUGUAUUGUCAGAUUGAACUGAAGGAGGAGGAUCGGCGCUAUCAUCGUUUUCUAUGGAGAUCCAUGGAUACAGACAGACCACCAGAUGUAUACGAGUUCCAACGUGUCGUCUUUGUAGUAAAUUCAAGUCCUUUCCUGGCCCAGUAUGUCUGCAGGCAGCAUGCAGAGAAGUAUCGUUUAGAGUACCCACUGGCCGCAGAGACAGUUUUGGAAAGCACAUACAUGGAUGACUCCACGGAUUCGGUAAGGACGGUAGAAACAGGAGUGGAAUGGUAUCAGCAGUCAUCAGAGCUGUGGGAUAAGAAUGGGAUGCAUGCAAGAAAGUACAUGUCAAACAAGCCAGAAGUUUUGAAGAAUAUACCAACAGCAGACUGCGCUUCGGAGGUUGAUUUGGAUACAGAAGAUCUGCCUACUGUCAAGACAUUAGGAGUCCUUUGGUUGCCAAAAGAAGAUGUCUUCAGCUUCAGAUUCAACCUGCCAGAUGAAGAGGCCAUCACCAAGAGAAAAUUCCUGCAGAAGACAGCCAGUCUGUUCGACCCGUUGGGUUUUCUAUCACCUUACCUGUGGGAGACAGGUGUUGACUGGGAUGAUCCUGUUGACGAGGAUACCACAACUAGGAUCCGAGGAUGGUUUGCAGAGUUACCGGACCUUCCCAAGAUGAAGAUUCCAAGAUGUCUGACAUUGGAGGCCAGAGUAGUUGAGAAAAAACUGCACGUGUUCUCUGACUCGUCCCAGGAGGCCUAUGGAGCAGUCAUAUUUUGCAUGCAGAGAUACGAGGGAGGAGCUGUCAGCAGCAGAAUGGUAACGUCCAAGUCUCGAGUGGCACCGCUACAACCAGUCAGUAUCCCGCGAUUGGAGCUCAUGGGAGCGGUGGAAGGCCUACAUCUCGUGGAGAGUGCGAGCAAAGCACUAAAGCUCUGCAGCAGGGAUUGGACAUUUUGGAGCGAUAGUCUGGAUACACUGCAUUGGAUCCGAGGAAGAGGGCGAGCCUUCAAGCCAUUCAUUGCAAAUCGCGUUGGAGAGAUCCAGAGAGCUACAAAUCCUGACCAGUGGAGAUACGUACCCACUGCUGAGAAUCCCGCGGAUCUACUCACCAGAGGUCUCACUGUGAGUCAGUUAAGCUACAACACGCUAUGGUGGCAGGGACCGGCAUUUCUUACAGAGGACCCAACUAUGUGGCCAGAGAACAAAGUCGAGAAGAAGCAACCAUCAGAAGCAGUGAAAGCUGAAACGAGGAAGCAAUGUUUGGAGGAAAACCUACCCCAGUUGUAG